AUGGUCGUCAACGAGCUAGUAUCAGAUAAAAAGCUCGGCGCGGUCCUCCAAACCUCAGGCUACGCCCAAGACCAGGCCGCGAAGCUCCUGCACCUCCUCACCGAAAUCACGCGAGCGGCAGCGGCGGCGGAAGAAUCGGGGCCAACGUCGCCGGACCUCCGAGCGGCCCUGUCCAAGGAACAGAAGCUGCUCCUCACCAACAUUUCGCACCUCCGUGGGCUGCACCGCUCCGCCAACUUUAACGCCAGGGACACCAAGGCCCAGACGGCCGAGGCGCGGCACGAGGUCGACCGCCUGCACCUCCAGCUGCAGAAUCUGUACUACGAGCAACGGCAUCUCGAGGGCGAGAUCGAGGCUUGCGAAUCCUACGACCACACCUACCAGAAAUUGCCGCUUAUUCCCGUCGAAGACUUUAUCGCGCAGCAACCCGAGCACGCCGAGGACGACGAGGACGCCAUGAUGAUAGCGAGAAUCGGCCACGAGCGAGCGGAACGAGAAACCCUCGAGCAGCAGAGGCUGGAGCUGGUAGGAAGAAAGCAGAAGCUUAUCGCUGAGAACAAGAAGCGCAAGGACGAUCUGGCCAACCUCGACAAAGACUUGGAAAAGUUUAUCGAUGCUGCGAAACCCAUCCAGGAACUGUUUGAUAAGGUUGUAUGA